AUGGCCUCGCACAAGAAUAUCUCUUUUGUUCUCCAUGCCUUGGUGUUUGCAGCAUUUGCAACCACAGUGUUCUCAAAAUUGUCACCUCAUUACUAUGACUACUCGUGCCCUAACGCUUUGAGCACCAUUAGAAGUGUUGUGGAAGCUGCGGUGCAGAAAGAACGGCGUAUGGGCGCUUCUUUAUUACGCUUGCACUUCCAUGAUUGCUUUGUUAAUGGUUGUGAUGGCUCAAUUCUACUAGACCCCUCACCCACCAUUGACAGCGAAAAGAAUGCAAUUCCUAAUUUUCAGUCUGUAAGAGGAUUUGAAGUGGUGGAUGCGAUCAAGCAAGCAGUGGACGAAGCAUGCGGAAAACCAGUUGUUUCUUGCGCUGAUAUACUGGCUGUAGCCGCUCGUGACUCUGUGGUUGCGGUGAGGGGGGCAACAUGGAAUGUGAGAUUGGGGAGAAGAGACUCCACCACAGCAAGCCGUGAUGCUGCAAAUGCCAACAUCCCUCCACCAUUCUUCAGUCUUUCUCAACUUAUUAGCAACUUCAAGAGCCAUGGCCUAAAUGAGAAGGACUUGGUUGUUCUUUCUGGAGGCCACACAAUUGGAUAUGCACGUUGUACUACUUUUCGGGACCAUAUCUACAAUGACUCUAAUAUCAAUCCCCACUUUGCAGAAGCACUUAAAUACAUUUGCCCAAGAGAAGGAGGAGACUUCAACCUUGCUCCUUUGGAUCAAACAACGGCACACUUUGAUUCAGCUUACUUCUCUGAUUUGGUUCAUAAAAGAGGGAUUCUUCACUCCGAUCAGGAACUGUUCAAUGGUGGUUCUACGGAUGCAUUGGUUAAGAAAUACAGCUACGAUACCGUAGCUUUCUUCAAGGACUUCGCAAAAUCUAUGAUUAAGAUGGGAAAUAUAAAGCCCCUCACCGGGAAUCAGGGUGAAAUUCGUUUGAAUUGCAGGAUGGUAAACUGA